GCUGCCGUCAACCCUGUCUUUUCCAUCUUGUCAGUCAACGCAAGCAGAAAACUUGAUACAAUGGCCGAUAGCUCUUCACAUUUGAACUGGCUGAUCAUUCGUGAUCAUAAUGCUUUCUUGUUGAAGCAGCGCAACAUCAAGAAACCAUUCAGCAAGGAAGCCAACAAUCUGACCAACCUGAGCUCGUUCCGUUACAGUGGACUGAUCCAUAAGAAGACACUCGGAGUUGUUCCUGCCGAUAAGGGUGUUUCUUUGGUAUACAAGCGGCCGAAGUAUCAGACCAAACCUGCCAAGGCCUCGGUGAAGGUUACGCUGAAGCAUCGCCCACGUCGUACCCUGAAGAAGAUCAAGAAAAUCCUCAAUGCGAACCGCUACCGACGGGAUCUUCGCCAGGUUGCCCUCCGUCGUGCCAGCGCCAUUAUGCGUUCCCAGUGUCCAUCGACAUCGAAGAAGGGCAAGGGUGCAGCUGCUUCUGGUGCAACGGCUGCUGCCGCUCCCAAGAAGGCUGAAUAAGCAAUUCGGAUCAAUAUUCUCUUGGUUAAUCUUCGAAUAGUUUUAUGAACAGCUCUUGAAAAAAAUAUUACAAACAACACAGUUGUUUAUCGUUUACUCUGUGAGAGAAUGAUAACAGAAAAUAAAAAAAAAGUGUUGUUAUAAGUGGAA